AUGGAACCCAUCUCUGUGCAAGGCCAGCUCGUCCAUCAACGCAAGCUCUCGCGCAAGUGCUCCUUCUUCGAUGUCGUUGUCGGUAGCGCGCGUGUCGAAGCAAUUCUCAAGAUCCAAGACGACUUGUCUGUCGACGACGUCAAGGCCCUUCGCAGCCGCCUCGUUCUUGGCGACAUCGUCAAGGUCGAUGGCGUCCUCGAAACGCUGCCCUCAGCAACUCGGCCGUUCAGCGAGUCACCCACAGGCUACCUCUUGCAUGCGCGAGACAUCACUGUGCUAACGCCGUGGAAGGAAGCACAGCCUGGCAAGACCUUUACGCCAGUGCCUGUGACAACAACGACGACAACAGCGACGCAAUCUCUCUCCAAAGAGGCACAAGCUGCCGUGCCGUGCAAGUUUUGGAUCAACACGGGGCGGUGCCACAAGGGCGCCGCGUGUCCUAUGCGCCACGACGACGUCAAGGAGCUGAAGGCGCUUCGGAAGGCAUGGCUCGCCGACCGCUUGCACAAGAAACGACUCGUCGCCCACCAAGCCGACGACCCGACCGAUCCGCACGCCAAGCAGAGCAAGCACAAUCGGGCGGGCAUUUUUGCCAAGUGGCUCGUCGAGACGUUUGGUAUCGAGAUGCUUCAGAGUGGCUCGGGUGUCAUGGACGUUGCCGGUGGACGUGGUGGUGUUUGCUUUGAGCUCUGGCAUCAACACAAGAUCCCAACGACGCUUGUCGACCCGCGGCCCAUGAAGUACACGAAGCGGCAGCACCAGUACCUCCAAGCCCAUGUCGGCGAAGCCCACGUCCCCCAGUGGCUCGAGCUCUUUGAGGAGGCAUCGUAUGUCGGCGCCACGGCGGACGAGACCAAAGUCGAGCACAUGCAUCAUGUGUCGUUGCUCCUUGGGAUGCACCCGGACGAAGCCACCGACGUGAUCGUCGACGUCGCGCUCGCCUUCAACAAACCGUUCGCGAUCGUGCCGUGCUGCGUCUUUGCCGACAAAUUCCCGCACCGGCGGACGCCCAGUGGCGACGCGGUCACCACGUACGACGAGCUCGUCGCGUACCUUGUCGCCAAGCACCCACGCAUCCAAACAACGUUCCUUCCGUUUGACGGGCGGAACCGCGUCGUCUAUUACCAGCCUUAGGCACUCGCUUCGACCUUGGCAUCAACGUCGUUGCUU